UCCCUCAGAAAACAUAUGUUAUAGUUCUCAUUUUUAAUUAUUUUCUUGAAACAGUUGGCGAAAUGAAUUCAAGAUUCAUCCGUUCAAUUUCUUCCUCGAGGUGUGAUGGGAAGAGUGAAAAUGAAAUGAAUAACGGCGAUGAAGAGAGUAGUAAACACCCUCUUGUGAGUAUUUUAAGUACGCGUGGAGGAGAUGGACACAAUAGCUACUCCGCGAACUCUCUUCUUCAGAGAAGAGUUUUAUCAAUGACCAAGCCCAUCCUGGUUAAAAACACUAUAGAAAUGAUGACAAACUUGGAAUUUCCUGAAUGCAUUAAACUAGCCGAUUUGGGCUGUUCUUCAGGACAAAACACGUUCUUGGUGAUGUCUGAAAUCGUUAACACAAUCAAUGUAUUAUGUCAAGAAUGGAACCAAAACCCGCCGGAGAUAGACUGCUGUCUGAACGAUCUCCCUAAUAACGAUUUCAACACGACUUUCAAGUUCCUAACCUUCUUCAACGAUAAGCUCACAAGCAAAAUACCAUGCUUUGUCUCUGGAGUACCUGGUUCCUUUUACUCAAGGCUCUUUCCUCGCAAGAGUCUCCAUUUCGUUCAUUCAAAUUACAGUCUUCAUUACCUCUCUAAGGUUCCUGACGGACUGGAGAAGAAAAAGAUGAGUCUGUACAUAACAAGCUCAAGUCCUCCAAGUGAAUACAAUGCUUACAUUAAUCAAUUCCAAAGAGAUUUUACGGCAUUUCUAAGAAUGCGUUCUGAAGAAAUGGUAUCUAAUGGACGCAUGGUUCUCACAUUAAUUGGCAGAAAGACUCUUGAUGAUCCACGAUAUAGAGAUUGUUGUCAUUGGUUGACAUUGUUAUCCGAUUCUCUCUGUGACCUAGUCUUCGAGGGUCUUGUGAGUGCAUCAAAGGUGAAUUCGUUCAAAGUACCGUUUUAUGAUCCGAACGAAGAAGAAGUGAAAGAAAUUAUUAGAAAUGAGGGUUCAUUCAUGGUAAACAACUUGGAGCCACAUGUGUUUGAUCUCGGUCUUAGUAACGAAGAAUAUGGCUUGCAAUCAGAUAAAGCUAAAGCAGGGGAAAAAGAAGCUAAUUGCAUAAGAGCAGUGACUGAAAUGAUGCUUGUAUCUCACUUUGGAGAUGCCAUUAAUAUCGAUACAUUGUUUGAAAAAUAUGCACAUCAUGUGUCGCAGCAUGCUAGCUGCAAGAAAAAAACAUCUGUCAGUCUAGUCGUUUCAUUGAUUCGGAAAUAAAAUUUUAUUAUGCAACCCGUGUGAUGUGGCCAUUGUUAAAUCCAUAUAAAAGACCGACAAAAAUAAAAUAAACUUUUGAAUA